GCCAAUUAGCCAGAAUGUGGAUUAAAUUAAAAAAGAAAUCUCGACUUCCGUGACUUGUCACGAUGAAGAACUUAAUGGUGAUAUUGUUUCUUACACUGGACGUGUGUCUAGCUCAGCUACACAAUAGUCUCCUCCCUUUGGUAGACCCCCUGUCCCCGCAAGCCACACCAGUCAAGUGCUACCACUGCGACAACCAUGCGGGUCGAUUUCCAGAGUGUCUCUCUGCUCCAGUUACGUGUCACAAGGACGAGGUGUGCUCAAUCGUCUACUCCCUGUCACAAAAAACCAUAAAAUGUCAGAAAUCUUCUGACUGUGCUAAGGAUAUAGCUCAUCCAACUGCUGAAUGUGUGGAAGGUGGAUACCAAAUCCAACCUGGCCAAUGUGAACUGUGCUGUAGUUCUAACGAUUGUUUGGACAGUGUAGUUAACAAAAUCGUGGCCACACAUAAUACUGGAUUGCUGUGCCCCUCUACAUGCAGCCAUCUAAAUGCUAGUUGUUUACAUACAGGAACACACUGUGCACACGAUCAGUUCUGUGAGCUCUUCAGAAACGACCACAAUGUUGUAACUGGGACAUGUAAAAACAUCCACGAACUUCAGAAAUGUCACGACGAUCAAAGCAACCAUGCUUGCCCAGGAAAUCCACAUGUACAUAACUGUGUGUAUGGGUGCUGUACAACGUCGACAUGUUUAGCCUCACACUUCAGUCCACAUUUGCCUACUACGACCCAUGCACCAAGCACCACAGCUUUCAAAGCUCCCACUGUUGAGUGCAGGAUAUGUACAGGCAAUGAUUGUGAUCAGGGUGGCUUCUCUGUGCUCUGCUCUGAUGGCUACUGCAUGGAGAAUGUGACUUACCAUUCUGAUGGAAGCAAGUUUGUAACUAAGGGGUGCUCAUCUCUAAACGACUGUCAAACAUACUGGAAACAAAACCCAAACAUAAUACAGCAGCAAUGUCUGGUCAUGAUGACCAGUUUAUCUCCAGCCACCUCCGACAUGACCUGUCGCUAUUGCUGUAACAGCUACCAUUGCAAUGAGCAGAUGACCCCCCAGAACGUCUUGUUGUUUGAGUAGAAACAUUGUCAAGUUAUAGAAGAUAACAAACAAACAAACAUUGUCAAGUUAUAGAAGAUAACAAACAAACAAACAUUGUCAAGUUAUAGAAGAUAACAAAAAAAAAACAGCAACUGAAGUGUUUAGUUUAUUGGAGAUUUUAAAAGCUUUAAGAAAUUAAUUAAAAGUGAAUCUAUCGCCCAGAAAGCAGAAACUAUUUGGAUACCUGUACUUCCAUUAGCACAAGUAGCUCUAGGCAAUACUUCAGUUUACAAACUUCAAAUUGCAGACUAAAGAACCUUUAGAAUAAAAAUCUCCAAAUGAUCUUUUAUUUAGGUCAGUGUUCUUCUAUCAACUAUUUGCUUAACACUUGAACACACACAGAGUUUUAAACAUUUUCUUAUUUGAAAUAGCAUCUUCUAGUGCAUUAACAUUUGUAUUUAUAAAAAACAAAUAUGAAUAAAAAUGCUGACAAAAAGAGCCCAAACUAUUUAAUAAAAAAUAAAAAUGCAUAUUACAUUAAAAA